CAUUUGUAAACAAACAUCAGUUAACGUAACAUGUAUUUCCUUACUUCAUAUCUAUAUGCUUUGCUGGUGUUAUUGGUAACAUCAUCGAAUGCCCAAGAAAAGAAAGAUCAGAAUGUGAAAGUUCAAGUAUAUUAUGAAUCACUAUGUCCAUUUGCCAAGGCGUUUAUUGUAAAUCAACUUUCACCUACCAUGAAGGGAAAUUUGUCAAGAUACGUCAAUCUAGAACUAAUACCUUAUGGAAAAGCUACGCAAGUCCAUUUAGCAAAUGGCACAACUCAAUACAAUUGUCAUCAUGGUAUCCAAGAAUGUUAUGGCAACCGUAUCCAAGCAUGCGUAGACACCCAGAUCGCAAAUUCAAAUCAAGCGGAGUAUUUAAAUUUCGUUAGCUGCUUUAUGGGUAAUUUGACGACAGGUAUCGAGAAGAAACAAGUUGAUGAUGCCUUACAACGGUGUUUACGUGCACCUCUAGAUGUUGACCAAAUACGUAACUGCACCACAAGUGCAUUAGGUGAUAAAUUCAUCGAGGACAAUGCAGACAUUACAAACCGCUUCCAAAAUCCUUUGCGCAAUGUACCUACAAUAGUGCUUAACGGAAUCUACAGUGAAUCUGAAAGUUCACGGGCUGAGAAAAAUUUUAGGAGUGUACUUUGUUCAAAAAUCAACUGGGAAAAGCCAAAGGAAUGUGCCAAUUUACCCAACAAAGGUGGUGAAUCAAAUAAAAUCUAUAUCGGAACGUUGUUUAUAGCAUUGUUGUCAAUAUUAUGCGUAUAAAUGUAUGUUUUGUAAAAUUAUAAUAAAAAUUUAUGUAAAUAGUAA